AUGGCUGUUCAGAAAUGGGUUACGCCCCUUCAGGGGCUAGAAAGCCUCCGCCAAAUCGAGGACCUGAUGCCGUCGCCAGGCCCGGGAGAGGUACUGGUCAAGAUCAGCGCAGUUUCUCUAAACUACCGAGAUGUGGAGGUGACCAAGGGUGAAUAUAAGCACCACAAAAGUGCCGAGCAAGACGCCACCAUCGUGCCGUGCUCGGAUAUGUGCGGGACCAUCAUUGCCAUUGGACCCGAUGUAUCGCAGUGGGCCGUAGGCAGUCGUGUUCUGUCCACCUUUCUACCUGAGCACCAAACUGGCCAAGUCUCGGAGAGCCAACUUGCUGGAAGUUUAGGUCUCCCCUUGGACGGGGUCCUUUCCACUCACCGCAUUUUCCCCGCACAUGGAUUGGUCUUGGCUCCUGCAUUCAUGUCUGACGAGGAAGCCUGUACCUUGCCCAUUGCAGCGGUGACUGCGUGGAUGUCCAUCAAUGGAAUGCGACCAAUGGGACAAGAUGGCGGAAAGGAUGAGUACAUCCUACUUCAAGGUACCGGAGGUGUAGCCAUAGCAGGAUUACAAAUUGCCAAGGCUGCUGGCGCCAUAGUAAUUAUCACAUCUUCGUCUGAUGCAAAGUUGGAACAAGCCAAAGAGCUGGGCGCCGACUUUACAAUCAACUACCGGACCACCCCAAACUGGGAAGCAGAGGUGAUGCGAUUCACAAAAAACCACGGCGCCGAUAUUAUUCUUGAGACCGGUGGAGCCCAAACGAUCAGGAAGAGCUUCGACUGCAUUGCGUUUGGCGGCCUGAUCGACUGCAUUGGUUACGUAUCAGGCAAAGUAGAUGCGGCCGACGAUCGACUGAAUGUGAACAUUUUGGCCCUGAGACGCACUGUAACUCUUAAGGGUAUCAUCAACGGCCCUAAAGACCGCUUUAAAGAAAUGAUUAGCUUUUAUGAAAAAAGCCAGAUCCAUCCGGUGGUUCACCGAGUUUUUUCCUUCGCCGAUGCCAAGGAAGCAUUCAGGUUUGUGGAUAGUGGCAGCCAUUUUGGAAAAGUGGUUAUCAAAGUCCAGUCAUAG